GAAUAUUAAUUAAAAUAAUUUAACUUUCCUUUUGUGUUCAUCUUCUUCUCCCCCUUGGCUUUCCCUUCUCUCUUUCUCUCUCUCCACGGAAGAAAAAGUAGAUCUAUCUUUGACGGCUCUCUCUCUUCAAUCCUCUUCACUCCUUUGGCUAUGUUCUCGUGUCUGAUCUGAUACUGGUUCCUGUUUUCCGAACCCCUGUUUUGGGUUUGGUCGGAAUAGACCUAAGAGAACUUCCUGUUUUAGGUUCGGUCGGAAUAGUCUAAGAAAGCUUCCUGUUUUGGGUUUGGUCGGAACAGAUUUAGAAAGCUUCCUGUUUUGGGUUCGGUCGGAAUAUACAAACAGAACUUCUUGUUUUGGGUUUGGUCGGAAUAGAGUAAGAGAGGUUGAUGAUGGUUAUGGUUACAUCAGAACCCAUCACUGAGUCUAAGGAAGAAGCAAAGUAGAUGUUCUUGUAAGGAAACGACAUCACUUUUGUUUUGUUCUGUUGGAUAGAAUUAAAAACUCUUUGCUUUUUGGGGAUGGUGGGAAGAGAGGAUGCGACGGGGAACGAGGAACCUCCUCCUCCUCCUGGUUCCAAAAGAAUGUUCUGGCGUUCAGCUUCCUGGUCUGCUUCACGUACCGCAUCAUCACAACCUCCCGAUACUGACCAACAUCUAACCAUUCCCUCUGGGCAGCAGAGUCGUAGAUGCGGCGCAGCUCCUCCUUUAACACCUCGCUCGCAUCAUCACAACAAGGCUAGAGCUUGUUUGCCUCCACUCCAACCUCUUUCCAUUUCGAGAAGAAGCUUAGACGAAUGGCCUAAAGCAGGUUCAGACGACGUCGGCGAAUGGCCUCAUCCACCAACAACCCCUAGCGGCUGCGGUGGCGAGAGGUUGAAGCUCGACUUAUCGUCAACGCAGAACCGAGCCUCGGAUAAAAGCUCUGGUCUAGUCAAAAGGGAGAAGAUCGCUUGCUUCGAUAAAGAAUGCUCCAAGGUCGCUGAACACAUCUAUGUUGGUGGUGACGCUGUUGCUAAAGACAAGGAGAUACUAAAGAACAACGGAAUCACGCAUGUUCUCAACUGCGUUGGUUUCAUCUGUCCUGAAUAUCACAAAUCAGAUUUUUGUUACCGGUCGCUCUGGCUGCGAGACAGUCCUUCUGAGGACAUAACCAGCAUCCUCUACGACGUCUUCGAUUACUUCGAAGACGUCAGGGAGCAGAGAGGAAGGAUCUUUGUCCACUGCUGCCAAGGCGUCUCGCGGUCCACCUCCUUGGUGAUAGCCUACCUCAUGUGGAGGGAAGGGCAGAGCUUCGACGACGCGUUUCACUACGUGAAGUCGGCUAGAGGCAUAGCUGAUCCCAACAUGGGGUUCGCUUGUCAGCUGUUGCAGUGCCAGAAGCGUGUCCACGCUUUCCCUCUCAGCCCCACUUCUUUGCUUAGGAUGUACAAGAUGUCUCCUCAUUCUCCUUACGAUCCUCUCCAUCUAGUUCCAAAGCUCCUCAACGAUCCCUGCCCGGCGUCUCUGGACUCCAGAGGCGCCUUCAUCUUGCAGCUCCCUUCCGCGAUCUACAUUUGGGUCGGGAGGAGCUGCGAAGGGAUCAUGGAGAGAGAUGCGAAAGCCGCGGUGUGUCAGAUCGCGAGGUACGAGAAAGUGGAAGCUCCUGUCAUGGUGGUUAGAGAAGGAGAGGAGCCUGGUUACUACUGGGACGCGUUCGCGAGCAUUUUGCCUUCUAUGAUUGCUUCAGACUCUUCUUCUUCUGUUGUUGUUAAAGGGGAGAGGAGAGUUGAAUCUUAUAAUCUUGAUUUCGAGAUUUUUCAGAAAGCCAUCGAAGGAGGCUUUGUGCCGACUCUAGCGUCGUCAAACAACGAGCACGAGACUCAUCUUCCUGCUAGGGAGAACAGCUGGAGCUCGCUCAAGUGCAAGUUUGCUUCGAGGUUUGAGAGAGGGUUUCGUUACGUCUCCAAGACGUCACUCUCGAGAGUCUACUCUGACUCUAUGAUGAUUGUUCAUGCAUUAGGCUCACCUUCAUCAUCAACAACAACAGCUUCUUCUGAUUCUGCUUCUGUGUGCACAACAUCAAAUCCUAGUAGCAGAAAGAGUUUUUCACAGAGACCAUCUUCUAUUCCACCGCCUUUGAUACUGCCCAAGUUCUCAAGCCUGUCUCUCCUUCCUUCCCAGACUUCUUCUACUGAACCAUCGCCAGGUAGGAAGGCUCCUCCUCCUUCUCUUGCCGAGCGUAGAGGCAGGUCUCUGAAGCAGCCAGGUUUAGCUGAUUCAAACAAAGGCACAGCUGGUUUCACUAGUAAUGACAUUGUAUUCAACUUGGAGGGUGGUGUUAGAAAAGGUGAUCCAAAUCCAUUAAGUGAUUGCAACGAGGGAACUGUAGUAGAUUCAGAUUUGCCACAGCAGGAAAUGGAUGAAUCAGGGAGUGGGGACUUGGAGAAGGCAUUAUUAGCAUGUAGGUGGCCAAGUAUGGAGAUGAUUACAGAACUGAGGAGAGCUUACUUAGAUUCAGAAUCUGUUAUAGCAAUUCUGUUGCCAAGUGAGGAUGAUGAUCAUGUAGGAGAAACCAGUAGUAGGAUUUUGUACAUUUGGAUAGGAAAGUCAUUCUCUUUUGAUGUAGACAGUGUGGAGAAUCUUGAUUGGGUACAGAUUGGUGAAGCCAUUUUGUCUCAGAUGGACUUGCCAGAAGAUACCCCUGUGAAGAUAGUUAAAGAAGCUGAGGAUCAAACUGAGUUUCUUGCUCUGCUAAGUGCGCUAUAGCAAACUGUUCCUUUCACAGAUUCCUUCCACCAACACGUUUCCAUUUAUCAGUUAAAGAGUAUGCUUCUCAGGUCUCUCUCUUUCUCUCUCUCUCUUUCUGGUUAUGGAAGUUGAAGUUGAGAGAAAACAACUCUCUUGUACAGUUGGGAAAGCUUCUUCCACAGACAUUGUAUCGUCAAGGAGCCAUUUAAAUAGGGCACAUUAUCAGAUAAAAACUGUACGGUUAGGGCUCUAGGAGGGGUUUUAGAUUAUAAAUGGACUUCUUACAAUGUUUACAUAUACUCUCUCUCACCCGUUGGUAAAAACCUCCUUUUAUGUUGUUUAAGACUUCGAGUACACUAAAGUAGGUUUUGAAUUCUGGUUUAAAGUGUAAUCGAAUAGUUAGUUUAUUUA